UUUUCAUUGCAUACUUUAGCAUUUGAAGGAUUGAUGAUUUCUGAUAAUUCAAGCUACAUUGCUGUAGUUGCCAUUGAUUUUGGAACCACGUACAGCGGUUUCGCUUUUGCCUUCAACCACAAGGAAGGAGAAGGCGGUAUCCAUAUGAACAAGGCAUGGGGAAACGAGCAAGGUCUUUCCACUCUGAAAACAUCGACGUCUUUGCUUCUUCGUCCCGACGGUCAGUUUGAUUCAUUUGGAUUUGAAGCAGAUGAAAAAUACGCCAACUUUUUUUGCGGGGAAGAUCAACAGUACAUGUACUUCAAACGGUUUAAAAUGACACUUCACAAAUCUGAGGUAAAAUCUUUAAGUUAUGAAAAUUUUUUUCACCUAUGUUAGAUAUCCUAAUGGUUAUCCUGCAGUAAAAAAAAUAUUGCUGCAUUUGAAGAGAGUGAUUGCGUAACAUUCCCACUGCAAAUGAUGGCUGCAUCUACAGUCAUAAUAACUGAAAAAUAAGGACUCGGCAACAGAGGCGUAAUUAGUGUGUCACAGAGAGGCUGUAGAGAGAGGAAAAGAAAGAGCACGCCAUGAUCGUCCGUGCUCUUGCUAUUUUUGGUUAUUUGAGUUUUAUUUCAAUACGGUUCAAAAGUGUGACGUAAUAAAAAAGUGAAACUGUGGGAUUUGUUAGGAUAUUCUGAAAGACAACAUCCAAGAGGCCUACUUGCCAAAAACUAGCAUUGAGGGGCAAAUUGUCUCUGAGAUAUUAGCAUAGUUAUGCCCUGAUGACUCCAUACAAACCCUUCUAAAUUUGGGUUGCUGGGAGAUUUUGUAGGAAUAUGUAAGCGUUACCCCUUAAGUAGGCUAAGUAUAGAUUGUGAGAUAAGGCAUCUUAUAUGUAGUCUUGUGUAUUUACACUGUAGAGUCUGGACCGUAACGCCAAGUUGAUGGCAAGUAAUGGAAGAAAAUUGGAAGCUCUCACCGUUUUUUCACAUUCAAUAAGAUAUCUCAAAGAUAAAGCUAUCGAAAUAAUCCGUGAGGUGACUGGAGAUGAUGGGUACAAUGCUAUGGACAUACAGUGGGUCUUAACGGUACCUGCUAUUUGGAAACCUGCUGCUAAGCAAUUUAUGAGAGAAGCUGCCUAUAUGGUGAAUAAUACCGAUACAUUUUUCUUUCAUUUCGUUCAUUUCUUUCUUUCUUUCUUUCUUUUUUGCUCAGUGGAUGAAAAAUUAACGGCCGUCAUUUCAAAAUUUGUGUUGCUGUUUUACUUCGCUUCAUUGCUUUUUUGUUGUUUUUGUUUUCUUUGCAUUUUCUGUCAUUUCAUGUUUUAAGUAAGGAGUGAAACAUAAAAUAACCUUGUGAAGGCUAAAUAGAAAGCCAGCCUUCUGAACAAACUCGUUUUGCAAGCUAAAUCAAAAACUGCGAAUUAUUGUGUUUCAUUGCCACCUAUGAAACUUACAUUAAUCAGAGUUAUUCUUCUAAACUUGGACACAGUCAUAAUAGAAAUUGGAUGGAUUCUUAUUCUCAAGGGUAUAAAAAAAAUCAAAUGCACCCAUAGGCAGCUGACCGCUGCUCGCAGAUUGUUUACUAAAUGCCGCGAGCUAUUGUGUUAUCGUGGCCAUAAUAACUCUGCUCCGUGUAAUACCAUUCUGUACUUAUUUCAAGGCUGGUGUUGGUUCUGCUAAUAACCCGGAACAGCUACUUAUUGCGUUAGAACCAGAAGCUGCGUCAAUUCAUUGCAGAGACAAAAAGAUGAAAGACUUCACAAGUGAGAGAGGGGAUGCUGAUGUAUCUGACGUAUUUGCACGCCCAGCAGCAAAAUAUUUGGUGGUAGAUAUUGGAGGUAAUCUAAUUGAUGCAAUAGCACUCAGUUAACCACUUUGAAUUAACGCCCCGUGUAAGGGAAUCCAAGACAGUCUUGGAUUCUGAAUUCCACCCCGUGGAUUACGGAUUUCAGGUAUUGGGCCCGGUUGCAUAAAACCUGCAGUAAGUGCUCACUUAACUAGGUCACUUACGAAUCCGUUAUGGGUACACUUACGUGUGUUGCAUGGAACGCACUUAGCACUCUCGUAAGUUUCUGUUUUACGUGGUAACUUACGAGCUCACUUAAGGGCACACGUAACUUUGAUAUAGUACUUUAUAACAUAACAAAAGUAAAUCGCGCGCUCUGAUUGGUCAUUAGCCACUACCAUUUGCCUGUGGGUGCACGCCAAGAAACUGAGCUAGCGCAGUAAAAUUUUGGCAAAUUCAACAAAUCUCCUCUCCUGACGGUAAAAUACACCGAUGAAAUGCACAGAUGAAAAGUGGAAGUUGAAGAAAAUACUAAGCUGUUGUUUUGAAGGAACAACGACAAAAGAUCAAGCGACAAAUUUGCCCUGGAUGAAUUAAUGACUGUUUUCCUCGCGGCUAGAAUCUGCUGAAGGAAAAUCGAGCAAGCGAAGAUAAGGUACAUUUUGUGUGUUUUUUAUAGAAGAGAAAGUCUGUUUGAAACGUAAAUUUAUCAAUUAGCAUUGUGUUAUUGACUUUUUGGUCAAGCUGAUGCUAAAUUCAAACAAAUAUUUUAGGAAACACGCUCAAAUUCGAGACAGCUUUGUUGUGAGGUUUUUCAUCGCAUCGAUUAAAAAUUUUAGUUGAGUUUAAACGGGCACAUUACGCUGGAGAAAGCGAUCACCCACUUAAGUGAAUUCCCUAAGUGGACCACUUGAGUGAUUUCAUACAACUGACUUAAGUUACGAGUGCACGUAAGUAUACCCGUAGUUGUUGCGAACGUUUUAUGCAACCGGGCCCAGCUGGAUUCCCGCCUUUAUCAGUGGGAUUUUGUAUUUCUUGAGCUGUAUUUUGGAUUGCAAAGCCUAGCAUUCUAGAUUCUACAGGGAAAUUUAUUUUCCUGAUUCCGGAUUCCACAUGCAGAAAUUUCAAGGAUUCCCUUACAAGGGAGGGGGAGGGGAAGGGGGGGGGGGGCAAUUAUCUUGUCUUUGAGGGUUUAAUUAUCCUUAUACAUCUUUUAUCUUUUGUUUUAUAGAAUUGCUUACUUGUCAGACUUUCAAGAUCUACCUUCUUUUCUAUCUCCCCCCCCCCGCUCUUCCGUUCCCCGGGCCGCGCUGGUUCCCGCCCUUUAACGUGGGGUUUUUUGUUUUCUUGGUUUUUUUUUUGGAUUGAAAACCCAAGAUUUAAAAUUUCAACGGGGAAAUUUUUUUUCCUGUUUCGGGGUCCCACAUGUAAAAAUUUCAAGGAUUCCUUUAGGGGGGGGGGGGGGGGGAGGGGGGGGGGGGGCAAUUAUCUUGUCUUUGAGUGUUUAAUUAUCCUUAUACAUCUUUUAUCUUUUGUUUCAUAGAACUGCUUACUUGUCAGACUUUCAAGAUCGACCUCCUUUUCUAUCCAUUCUCCAUUCUAGUCGUAUUCAGAAGUUAAGGACUCAGUUAUGGCAGUGAUUUAUAGUAAAAAUAAUGCACUUAAAAUGAACAAGAAAUUAAAAUGUUAAGAGCACGGAGGAACAGAGCGCAGUGUGCGUUUCUUUAACACUGCUUGUUUGAGCAAAACCUGAGAUGUCCGAGUGUGAUAUAUAAAUACAAUAGGGGUGGCAUCAGUACAUUUCUGAUCUUUUGCUUGCAUUUAAAUAAUGGAUGUAAUCUACAGCGUUUUCUUUUUCUUGUUCUUGUAAAGGUGGAACUUUAGACGUGACAGCUCAUGAAAUCUUGACAAAUGGCAACGUAAAAGAAAUAUUCCAGGUAACCGGGGGACCAUUUGGUGGAACAAAAGUUGACGAGGAGUUUGUGUCUCUUCUUAAGCAGUUCUUCGGAUCUACUGUGGUGGAAGCAUUCUCUACAAGAUAUCCUGGAGAAUGGCUUGACAUGAUGAACGACUUUGAAAUGAAGAAGCGAGGGCGACGAGCGUUCGAGGGUGGGACGACAAGACUUCGACUUCCCCGCUCUUUAACAGCUUUAAUAUCGGAGUAUCGUGGACCUGCCAGUAGCAUAGAAGGAGUCCAGUUCCUCAGGAAUGAAUAUCUCUGUUUAGAAGCCCUAGCGAUGAAGAAGUUGUUUAAGCCAGUUCUGCAUGGAAUUGUAAAGCACCUGACCAACCUCUUGGAGAAUCGCUGCCUUAAGGAUUUGCAGUUUUUCUUUUUGGUUGGAGGCUUCUCCCAGUCUGCUCUUCUCCAGGAUGCCAUCAAGAACAAAUUCAGCAGCAGGUAGCAUACCGUAAGGAUUUCUUUUUUUAAGUAGAUUUUCCAGACCAAAGUAGAAAAUUUCCUCUGUCAUAAUUCCGGCCAGGCGUCGCAGAGCAUGGGUAACAAAACUGGUAACCUAUCGAUGCGACCAAUUUUGGUUAUGAGGUUACGGUACGCACGGCCACUGUCUCCACGUAAGUUUAGGUAAACUGUGACUUCCAAUUGCAUGGCAGGGGAAAGGCCGGCUAAACAGGCCAGAGAUUUACGCCUGAAACCAAGUGAAUUCGAGCUGGAAUGUCGACUUAAAAUAUCCAUUUCCUUCCAGUGCUUCCCCUAAGAUAUUCUUCAUUGCGAGGGUGACUAAAGGGCUGACAGGAUAAGCGGUAAUCGAGGAUAAAAAUUUUAAGCAACACAUCGACUUUAAUUCUGCAAAUUAUAUAGAGUAUUAUUUUGUGUUUUGAAUUAACUGGAUCUUGAAUAAAGAGUCACUCAACAAUAUUUUAUUAAACAAGGAAACUUUACUUAAAAUUUGUCCAAACCCAGGAUUAAACUUUAAAGUAUUCAAGAAAACUAUUUCUUACUGUAAUAAAGUCCAGCAAACUGAAAAAAAAUGAUAUAAUAAAAAUAACUGAUAAUAACAAAAUUAAAACAACGCAAAAACAACAAGAACGGCCCCCAAAUCAAUUUAUUAUUGGAGCAACAACUAAAAUGUUGAGACAAAGUGAUCACUGGAUCAAUACACAUAAAAAUGGCAUAGAAUUCCCAAUACUUUCGUGAAUUCACACCUCAUUUCCUGGUACACUCCGCAUUUGUGCAGUAAAAGAUAUGUGCGUGGGCAUAUUACAAAAUUUAAGUUUGAAAAAGUUACAAUUUAUUUAGCGCCUAGGUCUGGUUCGUUUAGGAAACAGAGACCUAGGGUUAAACCUUUUUUCCAGCCACAGCAUGUGCUUCACAAAAUACACUUUCAAGCAACAAUUUGUGUUCUUUUGUUAAGAAAGCAAUAUGGCGAGCGAAAUUUUGGUCUAUUUCGUUUUUUUUCUUUUAAUUUUGGCCUUCACUUGAGACAGAAAGAUCUACUUUCUUAAAAAUCAUUUUAGUACUAAUCUUUAUUACAUAAAGUUGGUUAGAUAUUUUUGAAAUGGUUUAUUCAGUGCUUCUGUUAUAAUUUCAAUGUAUUAAGGAGAGGUCCGCUAUUAGGCUCGAGUAAAUCUACAUACCAUUUAGAUUACUCUUGGGCACAAAGCGGUAAUAUCAGCAGCAUGCAUAGAAAAAAUACGCUCUACAUCAAUGCGAAUUCUGGGUGUUUGGUGUGACAAUUAAGUUCUUUUACAAGCACUCGCAUAAUAUCACUUAUAAUAAUUGGCAGUUAUAUUCGAUGAGACUGAGUAUGAUAACAGGGGUCUUUUUUGCAUGAGCAUGCGCGACCGCUGACUUGUCAAAGAGCACGCGACCAGUGACAGCGACCGUACUGCAUAGUCAUAGGAACCAAAUUGUUCACUUUGAAAGCUUGCUGGAGAUUGAAAUGGUAGCAGGAACUUAGGAAAGACCUUCGUUGUACAAAAUAAGUAAAGAUCUGUUGAUUUAAAGUGGAGACUGAUGCGCUGAACGAGGUGAAAGAGCAAGUUUCUCAAGGAUGUCUGACACGAACAUGGCUGCUUGUUGUUGUUUGGCGCUCGACUCGUGUCUUGAUCCCCCUUUAAGAACCACAAAGUUUGGCAUAGAAUGCAUUGCUAUUGCGUAGCUAUUGAUCAAAAUGUUCUUUAUUGUGUUUGUCUAUAAAUCGGAUGUAAAUCAGUUUCUCGAUGCCGUAGAGGAUUUCUGUCAAUAAUUUGUUAAUAACUGAUUAAGCCAUAUUUCGGGAGUGGAUUAAUAACGAUCAGCGGGCGACUACCACGCCGUUUUCAGUUGGAAUAGACAGUUUUUGCCUUAAGUAUUUUAGCGAUACAAAGUUUGUUUAUAGGAAAAUUGUAGAACUUCUUGUUUUUGCGUGGACUAACUUUGCAACGCAUCUUUUACAGGAAUUUGCUUUUAGCCAGAACUUAAAUGUUCUAAUGAUUUUUAACUUUUGGUGUGCAUCACAUGUUUACUGUACUUCUUGGGAAACCUAACCGUUUGUUUCAUCAAAAUCGGUCACAAGAUUGGACUUUAAUUUCGGUCCUAUUGAAUGCAGUUUUGACUGUGUCUCAUUGAUAUUCAUUAUUUUUAUUGUUCGAGACAUACAGAGUGACUACCACCAACAUCUCACCAGGUGACUAAUCUACGUCUCGUGUGCUCUUAAUUUUGUAGCUUUAAAGUGCUGGGAAAAUUGUAGAACAUAUAUUAAUUCACUGCUGAACUGAACAUCGGCUUUCACGCACUUCGAACCCACUCGCUGAAAGUUGCUAUUUUUUUUUUUAAUAUUUCUCUUCCUUUCCCAUUUCAAAACAAAGAAAAUUGAAAGUGUUUACUUGCAUCAACAAACGUUUCUGCACUUUGUUUAGACUUUGAUGAGGUCAGCGCAAUCCUCCAGGCACUACAUAUACGCGCGCUGUUGUCCAGGUCAAGUGGGGAGAUGAAAUUUGAUAGUAGCUCGUGUAUGUUAAAGCCGGUCUACUUCGCUUUUGUUAAGACCAUGUUAGAGUUUUUUUUUUGCAAACUACACAUUUUGUUAAAUCACGAGCACAUUCGCCAAGACCAACGAGCAAAAUAAUCGCCAUGAUAGCUUUGAGACGCGCCAUUUUGAUGAGGACAAACCCUGUGGUGAGCCUCCAUGCACAUCGCUUGUUCAGCGGUCGCGCAUGCUCAUGCAAAAAAGACCCCUGUUGAGUAUGAUAUGAAAUAUUUUGCAGAUUUCGGGGUGUUAAUACGAAGAAUUAAGUAGAUGGAGGAGGGCGUUUAUUUUUAUUAGUAUUAUUUUUUACCCCUCGAGUCUUAAUCAUAUCAUACGCAGCCUUAUCCUUGUUUUAUUAUUCAUUCAAAAUAACCCUAUUCAGACCGGGGGGAGCUUUUGGAGCCCCCCUUGAUAAACGUUGAAUAAUUUUAAAACCAUUUAAUAAGCCAUGGCCACCAAACUUAACGACUUUUCCUAAAACUAUAUAUUAUGUAAACAUUUUAAAGUCGGCGUAACGUGUACCUGAACAUUAAUUGACGUAGCAAGGGAAACCGAAUUUUAACAGCCAUGUUUUUUCAAUUUUUUUUAAUGCUUUAUUUCUAUUCAAAUUUGCUAAAUUAUAGCAUUUCACUUUAUUGAGCAAUAAUUUAUCAAAUUUAUUACCACAAUUAGUGCAAUCAAGGCGCUUUAGUGUUUUUAAGCUGCAUAAUUUUUAAAGCUCAAAUUUCAGUUCAAUAUUUUUCUAUCACAAUUACCUCGAUUUAUACGUUUUUUUUUUUAAUCAUUUACUUAAUUUAAAAGGGUGGAUCUAAGAUAGCAAAUAGUUCCAGAUAAUUCUUUCAUAAUAAAUGAGGUAAUCAUUAAUCAUUGCUGUUUUUAAAGAUUAUUAAUGUGUUUGCCAACUAUUUUUAUCUUGCCAAACAUCUAAUUAUAUGGUUUUUUUUAACUUUUUGAGGCAAAAUAUCGAUAGUAUUUGGAUUCUGCAAAUAAAUUCAACAAAAUGACGUCAUAAUCAAUUGCCUAAAUGUUUUAAAUGAUGAGUACAUCAUUCUGUGUUAUUUUCGGUGGCUUUAUCAUGAGCGGUUUUGAGACCGGUGUGAAUAUGGUUAAACUUUGAAUCAUGACUGCUUACUGCGAUCUAUGUAAAGUUCUCCUGACAACCGUUUACCUGUUUAUUGGCAGUUUCAGGGUGAAAAGGGAUGUUUAUUCGAGCAGACAUACGUCAAAUAACAUUUGCCAUCCUUUGAGUGUUGUUUUUGCUAUUUUUGCUAUGUUUUUAGCCAGCAGUUCGGAUUUUUUUCUUUUUUCUGCCAAAACAGCUGAAUUCCCGCUCCUUCUGCUAUUCGUUUUUCUGUUAAGAUUUGUACAUUUGACGUCAAUUGUCCUGAUACAGGCAAGCAUUUUCCAAAUUUGGUCAACGCUAGCGCAGGUAAUGAAGAAUUAGCUGGGCGGGGUUUUAAGCUAAUCAGAAACAGAUAAAUUACAAUUAUUCACCGAAGUGGAGGUAAAUAUCCACCACAAGCCACCGACAAUUUUGGCUCGCAAUUACCGAACGGCCCUCGCGUUUUCUUGCGGAAAAAUAAAACUUUUGAAGGCAUUUGUUUAGCUCUUGCGGGGAAAUUGCUUCUUUUGCAUUUAAAAUCAUUCUGUAAAAAACUAUUAAAUUUAGUUCAGUUUAAGCUUAUUUAUGAACAUGUCAGCUAAAUAAAGGGACGCAGGACUUAAUAUUCAUUUGUAAACAAGACUUUUUUACAGGUUUCAUCGAUGAACUCAAGUCAAACAGGCUGAAGCUUUACCUGUUAAAACUUCGAAAGCGAAUUUUGUAACCUUCUUGGUGUAUUUCUGGACCAGUUUGUCUGAUUAUUUGUGAAAUUUCUUCGUUUGUUACGGCAGCAAACCGAGAAGCUAUUUUGCUCAUAGCUUACGCGAGUUUGGCGUCGCUCUCAGAGGAACUGGAAGUGAAUCAGUGAAUAGCACUGGAUAUCCGAAGGUUGAGUAGCCAAUCAGAGCGCGCGAAAAAAACUAUCCACAGUUUUAGUAUAUACUUAAUAGUAGCACAGUAUAUAACAUUUUUUGUAAAUGAUACUUCUGAUGGACUACCUUUAGACCAUUUCACUGAGCUACUUCGACUGCAUGGUGAGCGACAUUCCUAUGUCUCAAGUGCCACAAACUCCGCCAUCACUGGCUUGAAUCGAACGGUUAAUCUAAAAACUUCCGAGAUAAACAGCAUAAUCAAGCUAUUUGACAAAGACUAACGUUACUUGAAUCUUACUUUUUUUCCCCCGAGAUAAACAGCAUCAUCAAGCUUUUUGAUAAAGACAAACGUUUCUUGAAUCUUCCAUUUUUUUCUCCUUUACAGCUGGUUCUAAACUUGUAAGAUUUCUUAAAAAAAAUAUCGGUAUAACGCUAGCCUAAGGAAUUUGUUUUCUAUUGUCAUGUUGAUAAGUAACAAAUCUUUUACAUUCUCAUUUCUUCCACCAGAUACAAGAUUUUAGUUCCUUUGGACGCAAGUAUUGCAGUAGUGCAAGGGGCAGUGAUGUUCGGGCAAAAGCCGCACGCAAUUGAUUCCAGAAUCAUGUCCACAACUUACGGUUUUGACACCAACCACCGCUUUGAUCCCAGACUUCAUCCCAUAGAGAAGAGGCACGUUGUAGAAGAUGUUGCUUGGUGCAAAGAUUGUUUUGUUGUUCUCGCUAAAGAAAAUGAAAGGGUGAAAGUAGGAGAGAUAAAAAGAUUUCCAAAUUACCAGCCUUUGAAAGGAAAUCAAACAAGCGUUGCCUUUCAGUUUUUUACUUCUACCGACCCACAAGCAAAGUUCAUUACUGAUGAUGCAGUGGGGCCUUCGAUAGGAAAAGUCGUUGUCAGAUCUCCUGAUAUCUCAAAGGGCACUAACCGAAGCAUUGAUGUUUGCGUCUACUUUGGAGGUACUGAAAUUAAAGUGACAGCAAUUGAUUUAUCAAGUCGUAACACUGCCACUGCAUACUUGGAUUUUUUGUGCAAGCCUUAA